AUGGCUCUUCUUUCAAGGUUAACGUAUCACAACCUUUCUCGUUCACCUUUUCAUGGUCAAGUUCCAUUGGAGAUCUCCAAACUCUCUAAUCUGUCUUUCCUUGAUCUAUCUUACUAUGAUUUGGAAUUGAAGAAUCCUAAUUUGAGCGGCUUAAACAACUCUCACCUUACUGGCUAUCUACCAGAGUUUCAUUCUAAUAGUUCUCUUAAGGAAUUGCUUCUUUGGAACACAAGUUUCUCAGGUAAAAUACCCUCAUCUAUAGAAAAGCUUCGUUUCUGGCAUAAGUUGGAUUUUGGAGCAUUUAGGUUUUCAGGGUGGUUCCAUCUUCACUUGCCACUUUGCCAUAAUGAUGACAGCGUUGCCUUGUUGGAGCUCAACAGCAGCUUUAUUAUAGGCAAGUUUGCUUCUAAAAAUCCUUUUGCAUAUCCCAAAGUUUCAUCCUGGAGACUAGAAGGGAACAGAGAUUGCUGCUCAUGGAAUGGCGUAGAGUGCGAUGAUGACACAGGUCGUGUCGUUGCUCUAGACCUUAGCAGCAGUUUCCUUCAUGGUUCUAUAAACUCCACCAGCACCCUCUUCAACCUUACUCAACUUCAAAGGCUUAACCUUGCUGAUAAUGAUUUUAACUUCUCUCAUAUCCCUUCUGCAAUGGGUCAUCUUUCAAGGUUAACAUAUCUCAACCUUUCUCAUUCAUCUUUUUGUGGUCAAGUUCCAUUUGAGAUCUCAGGACUCUCAAAUCUGUCUUUCCUUGAUCUGUCUUACAAUGAUUUGGAAUUGAAGAGUCCAAAUUUGAGAAGGUUGGUUGGAAAUUUAAUAAAGCUGAAACAACUUCAUCUUACUUAUGUUGAUAUAUCCUCCACAGUGCCUAGCUUUUUGGCAAAUUUCUCUUCAUUAACGUCCUUACUUCUAGGUGAUUGCGGAUUGCAAGGUGAGUUCCCAAACAGAAUUUUUCAACUUCCAAACCUACAAGUUCUUAAUUUGAGGAACAACCCUGGUCUUACUGGCUAUCUACCUGAAUUUCACUCUAAUAGUUCUUUUGAGGUAUUGCUACUUUACAACACAAGUUUUUCUGGAAAAAUACCCACUUCCAUUAAAAACCUUCAUUUAAUGCUUCAGUUAGAUUUUGGAGCUUGUAGGCUUUCAGGGUUGGUUCCAUCUUCGCUUGGCAAACUAACCAGGCUUACUUUUUUGGACCUUUCAGAAAAUAAUUUUGAGGGAAAUCAAUUCCCUUCUUUUCUUCGAAACCUCACCCAGCUCACCAAUUUAUGGCUAAACAAAUGUCAGUUAACGAGUGAAAUUCCAGGUUGGCUUGGAAAACUUACCCAAUUAACUGAUCUUGGACUUUAUAUAAAUAAUUUGCAUGGUCACAUCCCAUCAUCCCUUGGUAAACUAACAAGCCUCACCUAUUUGGACCUUGGAGCAAACGAUUUUGAGAGUCAAAUCCCUUCUUUUCUUCGAAACCUCACCCAACUCACUGUGUUAUUUCUUGAUGAUGGUCAAUUCACGGGUGAAAUUCCAUCUUGGUUUGAAACUUUUACCCUUUUGAAUCAUCUAAAUCUUGGAAUGAAUAAAUUGCAUGGUCUUAUCCCAUCUUCCCUUGGUAAACUAACAAGCCUCACCUAUUUGGACCUUGGAGCAAACGAUUUUGAGAGUCAAAUCCCUUCUUUUCUUCGAAACCUCACCCAACUCACUGUGUUAUUUCUUGAUGAUAGUCAAUUCACGGGUGAAAUUCCAUCUUGGUUUGAAACUUUUACCCUUUUGAAUCAUCUAAAUCUUGGAAUGAAUAAAUUGCAUGGUCUUAUCCCAUCUUCCCUUGGUAGACUAAGUAGCCUCACUUAUUUGGACCUUUCAGCAAACAGUUUCAAGGGCCACAUCCCCUGUUUUCUUCGAAACCUCACGAACCUUGAAUACCUUUCUCUUCAUGACAAUGAAUUGAGUGGCACAUUGAACUUUGACAUGUUUCUUGGCAUGAAAAAUCUAAACACGCUUUUAUUAGGGCGUAACAAGUUGUCUAAACUUGUCCAGACUAGCAAAAUGAAUGCGACUGUUCCAAGGUUCCAAAGUUUAGACUUGAGUUCAAGCAAUUUAACCAAAUUCCCUGAUUUUUUAAGGUAUCAAGAUAGAUUAGAGCGGUUGGUUUUAUAUGGAAACAAGAUACAUGGUCAAGUACCCAGAUGGAUAUGGAACAUGAGCACAGAGACAAUGGCCAAUGUGGACAUUUCUGACAACUCCUUGACAGGCUUUGAACAAACUCCAGUUUUCAUUGCUUGGGUUCACUUGAUGAGCUUAGAUCUCUCAUUCAGCAAACUAAAAGGCCAGUUACCGAUUCCUCCACCGUCCAUGGUGGACUACCAUGUCUCAAACAACAAACUGACCGGAAAAAUAUCUCCCUUCUUCUGCAAUCUGAGUUCCCUUCUAGUGCUUGAUUUGUCUAAUAACCAAUUGACAGGUAAGCUUCCACAAUGUUUGGAAAAUUUCAGGAAUACUUUACUGGCCUUGAAUAUGAGUAACAACCAUUUUCAUGGUAGCAUUCCCCAAUUGUGUCCAAAUGGAAGCAAUGUGAGAAUGAUUGAUCUAAGCCACAAUCAGUUUCAAGGACGUUUACCACAAAUGUUGGCCAAUUGUACGAUGCUGGAAGUUCUUAAUCUCGGGAACAAUCGAUUCAAUGAUGUUUUCCCUUCAUGGUUAGGGACUCUUCCAAACUUAAGGCUACUUGUACUUCGAUCCAACAACCUCCAAGGAGUGAUAAGGAAACAUAGCAACCCUGGUUUUUCUAGUCUGCAUGUUUUUGAUAUCUCCAAUAACAGUUUUAAAGGUGAAUUGCCAUCUGAAUUCUUUAAAAAUUUGAAGGCCAUGAGAUUUAAAGAUGCUGCCAAUUCAUCGUAUCUGGUGGCAAACUUUAGUUUUGUUGUAAAGGCCGUUCGAUGGGGGGAGGAAUUUGCUUACUCAAUAACCAUAACAAACAAAGGCAGGGUUAUGCUUUAUGAGAAGAUCCAAGAAGCUUUUGUAGUCAUUGACGUUUCAAAUAACAGAUUUGAGGGAUCAAUUCCAGAGAGUUUCGGUAUCCUACAAGGGCUUCAUGUGCUUAAUCUUUCGAACAACAUUCUCACUGGUAAAAUCCCAUCAUCCUUUGGAAGCAUAACAAAUCUUGAAUCACUUGAUCUUUCAAACAACAACCUCUCAGGACAUAUCCCUACACAACUUGGACAAUUGACAUUUCUUGCUGUCUUUAAGGUCUCUUAUAACCAUCUGAUUGGACCUAUACCCCAAAUGAACCAACUUAUCACAUUUGAUGUCAGUUCAUAUGAGGGGAACCUGGGAUUAUGCGGAAUUCCAUUGCCAAAAAAUUGUGAAAGUUCAGUACCUCCUUCAGGUUUUCAAGAUGAACAAGAUUCAAACUCUGCAUUGGAGCUUCGUUGGAUGACAAUUGUGCCAGGAUAUGUGAGUGGGCUAGUAAUUGGAGUGGUUAUUGGGCAGAUAUUUGCAACCAAGAAGCAUGACUGGUUUGUGGAGACUUUUGGGCAGGCGAAAUUAAAAGGCAGAAGGGUGAAAAGGGGUCGGCGAAGAAGACUAGAAGAGAAUAGAGAUUGCUGCUCAUGGGAUGGUGUAGAGGGCGAUACUGACACCGGUCGUGUCUUUAUGCUAGACCUUAGCAGCAGUUUCCUUCAUGGUUCUAUCAACUCCACCAGCACCUUCUUCAACCUUUCUCAACUUCAAAGGCUUAACCUUGCUUAUAAUGGUUUCGACUUCUCUCAAAUCCCUUCUGCAAUGGGUCAUCUUUCAAGGUUGACAUAUCUCAACCUUUCUCAUUCAUCUUUUUAUGGUCAAGUUCCAUUUGAGAUCUCACGACUCUCAAAUCUGUCUUUCCUCGCUCUGUCUUACAAUGAUUUGGUAUUGAAGAGUCCAAAUUUGAGUAGCUUGGUUAGAAAUAUAAGGAACUUGAAGCAACUUCAUCUUAGUUACGUUGACAUAUCCUCCACAGUGCCGAGCUUUUUGGCAAAUUUUUCAUCAUUAACAUCCUUACUUCUAAGGGAUUGCGAAUUGCAAGGUUUUUUCACACCAGUGUCAAUGGGUUUUCAGAGGUGCUUCCUCGCAUUCCUUUUUGGCGUUUUGGCAAGCCAUGUUUCUGCUUGCUGGUUCAUUUUUGCUCGUUAG